UAACUUUUAAUUGCAUUUCUCAUACUAAUCCGACUUAUAAUUUGGUCAACUCCAAGUCAUUUUACUUAAAUGACGAGGGUUAAGAUUAUGCCCAGUAUAUUUUUUAUUUUAUUACUGUAUACAUUUACACCGGCCAUUCACGUUGGCACACUGGUUGAUGGAAUAAUUUCAAAUUAUCCUGAUGUUUGCGAAAAAGAAUCUUCCGCAACACAUGAAACAGCUUAUACCAACAGACAGAAAGCAUUUAAUGCUAGAAGGGAAUGUUCAGAGAACAGUUGUUGGGGAGCCCAUCAUGUUUCUUCUAAAUCAAUGUGUUGAAGGUCUUUACACCCCAGUACAAGUAACUGAAACUGAAGAUGAAGCAGAGUGUUCAACAGCAGAAAAUGCACAUCUUGCAUCCACAGCCCAAGUCCUUCUGGAUAUUACAUGGGAAAAAUUAAACACAGGAUAUUGGAAGGAUGUAGAUAUAAGCUGGAGAUAUAUAUACUCGUAUGCUUCCCUAUUUAAAGUACUUUUUCUUUGUUGUGAUGAAACCCAAACAUUCCAGGAGCUUAUUUAUACCUGUGAUAUGGGUAUCAUUAUGGGAGCUCCAAUCUUAGAUGGUCUACUGAGUAAAGUAGCUUCUGUGUUGUGUUCCCUGAGUAGACCAGACAAGGAAAUUCCUAAAAGUUUAAGUGAUUUAGAAGAACCAAAGUCAAAAUACAUAAAACAAAGCCAAUUUCCACUUAUCAACAAGUCUGCUGAAGUACUCCAGGUGGCAUCUCCUUCUCUAGAAACAUUUGAAGCUACUUACAUGAAGCAGCUGCAACCAGUUAUUAUCACACAAGCAAUUGAUUAUUGGCCUGCAUUGUCAACUCAUCGUUGGAGCACUGACUACCUUCUUCAGGUUGCUGGGCCUAGAACAGUUCCUGUGGAACUUGGUGCUCGCUACACUGAUGUUAACUGGUCACAGAAGCUCAUGACUGUACAAAAAUUUGUAGAUACCUACAUCUUAAAGAAAAAUGGUCAAACUGAUGUAGCCUAUCUUGCUCAGCAUCAGUUGUUUGAUCAAAUUAGAGAACUACGGGAAGACAUUAGCAUCCCAACUUAUUGUUGCCUGGCAGAAACCGAUAAUGAGGUGGAUAUAAAUGGAUGGUUUGGUCCAGAGGGAACAGUUUCUCCUCUUCAUUAUGAUCCAAAACAUAAUCUUUUGGCUCAGAUAGUUGGAAAAAAAUACGUUCGACUUUAUUCCGAAGAAACAACACCAUUUUUAUAUCCAUAUGAGGAAAGAUUGUUAAAUAACACUAGUCGGGUUGAUGUGGAGAAUCCAGAUCUAGAAAAGUUUCCGCUGUUUGCUAAGGCCAAAUGUAAGGAGUGUAUUAUAGAACCUGGACAAUUAUUGUACAUUCCUCCAAGAUGUUGGCAUUACGUACGAUCACUUUCAACAAGUUUUUCUGUGAGUUUCUGGUGGCAGUAAUUAUCAAGUUAAUUAAGAAAUAACUAAAUCCAGAAUGGCGGCUCGUCUAGCAUAUUAUAAUACUAACAAAAAAUAGUAUAUGUGAUAUAAAUUUUAAAUCAUUAAAUAUCUUUGGCUAGCUUUAAUAGCCUUAGGAAAAUGUGAUAUAUUAGGAAUAUUUGUAUGCAUAGUUAAGGAAUCAAAUGUACAGAUUUGGGGUUAAAUAAAUUGUUUUAUAGAAACAGAA